CAGCGCCGCGGGGAAACUCAAAAACAUAACCAAAAAUAGGAUUACAAUACCGAUUGUCAACAAAAAUCAUCUCUUUAUAAUUCAUUUCUACAAGAGUUUCUCCAUCAAACAAUAAUAUAAAAUAAUAAUGGAUAUUCUUGAGUUGAAAGACAUCAAAGCUGUGCCUGAUAUUGUUCACGUGUAUUCUGAAAAUGUCAAGAGUGAAGCAACUCCACUAGUCAUUGACAAUGGGUCCUAUAGCUGCCGAGUAGGUUGGGCGACCGAGAACGAGCCCCAACUGAUCUUCAAAAACCUCAUAGCGAAACCACGAAAGGAGCGGGGUAAAAAAGACGGCGAGCUCCAGAUCGGGAAUGACAUUGUGAAUAUCGAAGCUGUACGAUUUCAGCUCAAAACGCAGUUCGACAGGAAUGUCGUGACGCAUUUCGAAGCACAGGAGCAGAUAUUUGAUUACACAUUUACUCACAUGGGGAUCGACACCGAGGGCUCUGUCAAUCAUCCGAUCAUUCUGACUGAGGCUUUCCUCAAUCCAAAUUAUUCCAGAAAUUUGAUGACAGAGCUUUUGUUCGAAUGUUACAACGUCCCCUCGAUAGCCUACGGAGUAGACUGUUUAUUCUCGUAUCACCACAACAAUUGUCCCCCUGAUGGGCUGAUCGUAAGCUUCGGCUACCACGCGACUCAGAUAAUUCCAGUCCUCGAUGGAAGAGUCGAUCCCAAGAACGCAAGGAGGAUCAACGUGGGGGGAUUCCACAUAACUUCGUACAUGCACAGGCUGUUGCAGCUGAAAUACCCAGUCCACGUGAAUGCGAUAACGCCCAGCAGAGCUGAGGAGCUGAUCCACGAUCACUCGAGUAUAGCUCUGGACUACCAGGACGAAAUUAAAAAAUGGGGGGACGUCGAUUACUACGACAGCAACGUCCUGAGGGUGCAGCUUCCUUAUGUGGCGCCCACGACGACUCCUGGGUUGACUGUUGAGCAGCAGAAGGAGAGGAAGCGGGAGCUAGCGAGGAGACUCAUGGAGAUCAACGCGAGGAAGAGGGAGGAGAGACUGGCGGAGGACGAAGAGCAAUUGAAUCAGUUCUUAUCGAUCCAGGAUUUUCUGGAGGAGGGGGAGACUGAAGAGUUCGAGCAAGCCCUGAAAUCCUACAACUUGGCGAAUGAAGCUGAGUUGAUGAAGAUGAUUAACAAUCUUCAGGCGAAGAUCGAGAAGACGAAGCAGAAAAUUGUGGCUGCUAAUUCGCAGGAGGAAAACGUUAUUAUUGAGGAGAAACCGAAGAUUAAGAGUAGUCUGCAGCCAAAGGACUCACAGGAUUUUGAUGAGUGGAUUGCGGGGGUUAAGAAGAAGAGGCAAGAAAUCGUGGAAAGGAGAUUAGCAAAACGCCAACGUCGUCAAGACAUGGCGAAACGAAGGACAGCUGCAGCUCAGGAGAGGAUGAGGAUAAUAAGCCAAUUAGCGAAAAAGGAAAAACGUGAUGAUGACUUUGGCAUGCGUGACGAAGAUUGGGAUGUGUAUAAAGUCAUCAACAGGGAAGGUGGAGAUUCAGAUUCAGAACUGGAGCAGGAACGUCUCUUGGAGCUAGAGAAUGUCCUCCGCCAGCACGAUCCAGAGUUCGAGGGUGCUGGAGUGAAUGUACCUCUGGUUCCAGGGGAGACUCACCAGCUUCAUGUGGCCCUCGAGCGUCUUCGAUCCCCUGAAUUGGUGUUUCAACCCGCAAUGAUCGGAUCUGUCGAGGCUGGGAUAGCCGAGACCAUCGAUUUCGUCCUUAAACUGUACCCAGAAGACAUGCAAUCACGGCUUGUGAGCAAUGUAUUUUUGACUGGGGGCCCAGCUAAAUUGCCUGGACUACUCGAACGUCUGAAACGUGAACUGAGGGAGAUAAGGCCUUUCGGCACGAGCUUCAGGAUUUCCAUAGCGGAGAAUGCAGCACUGGAUCCUUGGUAUGGGGCGAGGAAUUUUGGACUGAGUGACAAUCUGCCAGAAUUCUUGGUGACACGACAGGAGUAUGAGGAAAUGGGGGGUGAAUAUCUCAAAGUGCAUUCAGCUAGUAACUUGUACUUUAAAUCACCAGAUCCACUGCCUACGAUGCAAGUACCUGCUUGCACUGAACAGGUUGUCGUCGAGGAUGCUAUUGUCGAUGUUGAGAUGGAAUAAAUUUUUUUUGAGUGGACACGUCUAGAAUUGGAAAUUUCGAGGGAACAAUUCUAAAGUGUAGGGCAUGGAUUGAAGUUUAUUUGGGUUUUCUGAGGAAUCUGUCCAGAGUUCUUCAAAUUUUUCAGUUUCAGAAGUUCUUGUGUUGAUCGUCUUAAUAAUUUUAUGAUUGUCAGAACUGUCGGAAGAAUGAUGGAGAAUUUUCUGGAGAAACAAGUCGAGUUCUUUGUUUCUAGAAUUCGUUUUCACAAAUUCUUGGAUUUUUCGGGAAACUGAAAUUUUUUCUAAAAUUUUUGAGAUUUUGAAAGAAGUUUGAAAAUUU